UGCUCUUAGCGAACCGAAACUUUUGAAUAAAGAAAUGCUAUGCAGUUUUAGUGAAAGAACAAUUGUGUUCUGUUAUAAAUCUGUGAUUGAAAUUAAAUUAAAAAUAAUUAAAUUUUAUUAAAUCCGAAAAAUUAAAAAUAGCAAAAUACAUAAAUUUCAGUAAAUUUCAUAAAUAAGAAAUAUAAUGAAAAUCGGUGAGCAGAGUGAAGUGCGGCCGUUGCACUCUAUUAAAUUUAAGCGUAGUACAGAUAAAAAUAAAUAAUUUACUGCGGAUAAAACAAAUAUUAUUGUAACAAUAAAAUAUAAAAUACAAAAAUAAAUACUUAACCAAAAAGUAUCAAAAAGUCCACAAGUUUUGUGCCGCUUACAUGCAGAAGAAUGUAUCUGUGGAGAAAGUAAACGAUAACACCAACACUUGCCCAGAAAUUUUGUACAAGAGUGCAGAUAUUGUAUCUGAUAUUACAAACGAGUGCUUAUAUUUAUUUACAUCGAAGUUCUAAGUACAUUGUAAAGUACGUUGAGACGUUGAGUAAUACCUAUAUGAGUGUGAUGCUUUUCGUUAUAAAUACGUUUUGAAUUUACUAUGUUUCUUAGAAGGAUAAUUACUUACGUGUGAACAUAAAUCACUAAAUAGAAACACAUUUUUGGUGUCCACUUUAUAGAAAAGCCACUUACUCAAAUACAAAUACGCACAAUAUGGAAAAAAUCGGGAAUUAUUUCAAAACGUCAAAGAUUCCUGACGAAGAAAAUGACGGCUUGGAAACUUUGGAAGAAUAUAAGAGUCGUUGGCGGUCAGUACGGGUUAUUUAUUUCACGAUGUUUCUGAUGUCAUUAGGAUUUAGUAUUAUCCUAACAGGAAUAUGGCCCUACUUAAAUAAGUUAGAUCCAUCGGCAGGUAAAGAAUUUAUGGGCCUCAUUGUGGCUGCGAAUCCUUUGGGACAAAUGAUUUUUAGCCCACUUUUUGGUUGGUGGUACAACAAACUCGGCUCAAUACGUCUCCCAUUGUUAACAUCAUUGGCUUUAUUUACAGUGGCAAGCGCUACGUAUUCUUCAUUAGAGUUGCGUCCUGAUAAUGUAAAAUAUUGGAUGCUAGCAUCGCGAUUUUUAAUAGGUGUGAGCUCAGCGAAUAUUGCGGUAUGCCGUUCAUAUUUAUCGGCGGCAACUAGAUUAAGUGAACGCACCAAAGCGGUUUCAAUGGUAUCAUUAGCACAAGUAUUGGGAUUUAUUGUUGGUCCCGGGUUGCAAGCUGCCGUAGCACCUUUGGGCAGUGAUGGCUUGAUAUUAUUUUGGGGUACAUUUCAUUUUAAUAUGUACACAGCUUGUGGUUGGAUAAAUGUAGUGAUGAGCAUUGGUAAUUUUAUAAUGUUUCUGCCGUCCCUUUUUGAGGAACGAAAAAUUGCUGCACGUGAAAUAAUGAUUAUGCAAGGGAAAACCUCUGAGCGUGAGACGUGGAAAGCUAUAAAACCGGAUUAUGUUUCAGCUUGGACCUUGAUUGUCGCCUUUUUUGUGCUAGUGUUUAACUUCGUACUACUUGAAACACUUGGAACUUCUUUAACUAUGGACCAAUUCGCUUGGACUAACGAUGAAGCUGUACUGUAUAUGGGCUUAUUAAUGUCUGUUGGCGCCAUUGUUGCACUGGUUACAUUUGUUGGCAUAAACCCUUUGUGUAAAAUAUUUCCAGAGCGUUUUGUUCUAAUUUGGGGCGGUUUUGCACUAAUGGUCCUCGGACGUGUGCUGUAUAUACCAUGGGGUGAUUCGCCGCCUAAGAUUGCAGAAGUUUACAAUAUAACAAUACCAAUAACUGGUAAUAUAACAACUGAUCUAAGACCAGAUGAUCCUAUAUUUGUUGGAUGCCCGAAAACCCAAACAUGGUGUGCAGACACGCCUGCACUUACACUUUCGCAAUUUUUGAUCGGUUAUGGUUUUACUUCAAUUGGAUAUCCAAUCGGAGUUACACUUAUACAAACUAUUUUCUCCAAAGUUUUAGGACCCAGACCACAAGGUGUUUGGAUGGGACUAAUGACCGGAUCAGGUUGUUUAUCACGGGUUAUGGGGCCAGUAUUUGUGGGAUCGAUAUAUACUCGUUUGGGGACAUAUUGGACUUUUGGUUUCACUUCCAUUAUGAUGUUGGUGUCUAUGAUUUGGCUGCUAUUUUCUAACAACCGCCUGAUACCACCAGUAUUUGAGAAAACUGAACCUGUUGAAAUGCAAACCCUCAAUAUAAAAAAUAUAGAAAAUGCAACAGGGAUUGAAAUAGAAAACAACGUCGAUAAUCAUGAAAAUAGACGUAGAAACGAUAACUCGGAUAGAUCUCAGGCAUACGAUGAGGAGGAACCUUUAAAUGACUUAAACUCAAAAACUGUUUUCAUUGUUGGAAAGAAAGUAUAGCUAAUUGUGUAGGUACUCAUACACUCCACGGAGUAUAAAAUGAUAUAAAUUCAGAUAAUAAUUAUAUAUUUAUAUACAUAUAUACACAUAUAUUAGAAGUACGUAGUCGUAAUAUUCUUUAACUUAAAUAUUAGUAUACUUUUUAUAAAAAUUUGCUUUAUAAUUAUAUUUAAUUUGUUGUGUUCAAUAUGAAAGAAUGUAUGAAGACUAAUAUUUGUAGUACGGGAAGAUAUAAAAAGAAUGUACUUACUUAAGAUGAAUAUCAGAGUCGAUUAUAUGAAACUCGGAUAUUUCUAUAUACAUUUAAUGCCACUGUUACUCUGUUAUAUUGCUUAACAAAUUGUACAAACUAAUUUAAUUCCAAAUAAAAAAUACAAAAAUAUAUACACAAAUGUUAUAAUAUUAUAUUUAAUAUUUUUCACAUUACAAGAAAUGGCUGUAUUCAAUAAGGGCACAUAUAUCGCUUUAACCUUAAUAUUUUAAAUUGAGGGAUUAUAAGAGUAUAGGGUUACUUACAAACCACAUACAGUGGGUCGAGAAAGCAAAUGGCGCUUUUCAUUAAGCGGUCUAUUUAGUUACUUAAUGAUUAAUUAUAUAUUUUAUUCAAUAAAUUUAUAUUUUA